UAUCUUGUGGUCCUAGUCUAGGUCAACUCCGCCAAAAAUGGCCGGCAACACGGACGAGCAGGAGCUCUCUUCGGUGGAGGAGCAGGAUGACAGCGCUGCCGCAGUGUUGCAGCGGGCACGCAUGUCUGCUGCUGGGGGAAAGCAAAUAUAUUCUUCCGUCUCGGCGGCCACAAAUAAUCGUGCAACGUCAGCGGGGUCCCCCUCUGGUUCUCACCACGCACGCAUGCAAUGGAAAAAGCUCUCCACAGUGGCGCACUUGGCCCACGAAGCGCAGCGCAUGCGUUACCUGAAGAGACUAGCUGAAGGCACACCUCCUCCACCUCGCGGACCCAAAGCAGGAGCCAAUCGUCGAAGCCCAGCGUCGACCGCGUCACCAACAGGAGACGCGUCGUCCACAAUUCCGCGCGAUCGCAGGGCCAUCGACCGUUCGUUGUUGGUCGACGCGGAUUCGGAUUUGGAGGAAGAAGUCGCCCCCAUCACGCAUUACGCGCUCCCGAAUCAGCGGAAGCGGCGCCGUCAGUCGUAUUUCGCGGAGAACCAGCACAGCGAGCUCGGGUUUCCCGUGUCCCUGCCGCCGGGCGAAAUUCGGAGCGGGCGGACCCCGAAGGGAAAUUUGGGAUACCUAGUGCGAACGCCGGCGAAUUACUCUCCAAACAGUCCGGCGGCCAACGUUUUUUCAUCUUCUCCCCCGCCAAACGCGAAUGGCUACCCGUUGCUGCUCUAUUUGCACGGCGGCGCCACCUACGCGGCGGCGGACGCCCCCUUUUCCAAGGCGGACCUCAAGGACCACACCCCCGACGACCCCUGGAACCUGCUGGACCACGACGUGCUGGCCUUCGAGCAGGGCUGCCCAUUCACGUUGGUCGCGGACCGGGAGACGGAGCGGUUUGUGGAUCCGGUCGAAGUACUGGAAAGGACCUCGCAGGCAACGUCAGGGGUACAGGCGGGUAGUGAUUCUCCUGCUCCUCAUCUCCACCACCCGAGCAGCCCGAUGAACAAGUCGCUGGCCCGACAGAACGAGCAAAACGCGUUCCCGCUGGCGGGGGACUGCGUCAUGCUUGCGCCGCACGUGAACAAGGGGCGGCUGUUCGACGACAAUGGGUGGUGGCAGUGGACGUACCCGGACGCGCUGGAGCAGCUGUUCGAAAUGCUGGACAUCGUGGUAAACAAAUCCGGGCUGCGGAUCGACAAGGAUCGGCUGUACGUCACGGGCAAGUCCGCCGGUGGUGCGGGCGCGGUGGGGAUCACCCUGGCGGCCAGCGGGUUUGACGAGUUUCGCUACCCGAUGCCCUGCAACUUUUUCGAGAAGUACGGGCUGAAAUUUGCAGCCUGCGCGGCGGUGUGCCCGAAGGGAGGCCGCGACGACCCGUCCAUCGUCCACGAGGGGGAGGACGACGCCCAUAACCAUGCGCUCCCCGAGGCGACGCCGCAGCAGGCCGCGCUCGAGCACUACUUGCACACACCCUACUACCCAUCGCCACCAGCCCGAGCGAGCGGAAGGGUGAGCACGCGGACGGAGAACCAGGACUGUUUGAUCUCAAAGCACAUCAUCCACGACGAUCGCACGCACAGGCUUACCCCUCCGCCCGAGGCCGGCGGAGAGUACGUUAGUGAGGAUGCGGAGCGCAGAGUGCGCGCGUUGCUUCAGCUCGAUAUCCCAUUGUGGUUCUUCGUCGCAGAGGAAGACAAGUAAGUAGAUCUUUUUUUCUUGCACCGACAAGACAUGUUUGCUUUAUUCGUGUUGGUAGGAACUCGUAGUGCAUGAAAAAAUGAAUGCGAAAGUAGACACGACGGACAAAUUCAAAUUCAAGUAUACCUACUUGCAGGUGGCACGCCGAGCUUUACUCGGAUUUCAAUUUUGACCUUUGUCGCAAAGUGAUCGUAGAAGAGCAGGGUGGCCGGCUCGAGGUUCGGCGGGAAGAACCAGAGAAAGUGCGCGUUGUCGAAUUGUACGACGAAAGCGGUCGGUUUCGGGUGCGCUACACCCGAUACUACAAGCAAAUGAAUUACGGACACGCCUCCUGGCGGGGUGCUUACGCAGACGAGCAGUUUCGCGAUUGGUUUCUCGGCUCGCAGGACAACAGGCCUGGCAUGACGAAAGGGCAAAUGCUGCAACCGGGGGGACAGCUAAGCAAAUUAAAUUUCGUCGAUCUCAUACUACGAGCAGUGUCGAGAGCGCUCAUGUGCGGUAGCUCGUGA